CCCAAAAAAAAAAAAAUAUAUAUCGACAAGCCCUAGGAAUUCGGGGGUAUGGCGUCGUCGAAGGUGAUGGCGUCUACAUCACCGACGAAUCCGGAUCUGCCACGCCAGUCCUCUAUACAUUCCCUCACAGUUGCUGACCUCCAGUGCGAUCAGAGCAAGAGCUUUGGUUCCAUGAACAUGGACGAACUCCUGAAGAACAUCUACGGCGACUCCGAAGCUUUUCCCUCCUCCGCCGUCAACGGCGGCGAUACUGCCUCUCUCUCCCGGCAAGCCAGCUUGACUUUGCCCAAGACUGUUGGGAACAAGACUGUCGAUGAAGUUUGGAAGGAGAUCGUUGAAGGCAGUGGAGGAGGAGGAGCGAAUCGGGAGCCGGAGAUGACUCUCGAAGAUUUUCUAACUAAGGCCGGUGCUGUGAGUGAAGAGGAUGUGAGAAUUCCGGUGAUUUCGCAGGCUCCGGCGGGGUUUGGUGCUGAUUCGAUGAUGAAUGCUGCUCAAUUUCAGGCUCCUCCGCCGCUGCAGAACGAAACAGGGGGUUACGGCGUUGAUUCGGUAGGGUUUGGGAACGGAAUUGAUGGGAGGAUGGUGGCUGUUGCCGGCGGAGGAAACGGUGGAGGAGGUGGAAGAGGGAAGAGGAGGACGGUGGAGGAGCCGCCCAUGGAUAAGGCGACGCAGCAGAAACAGAGGCGGAUGAUUAAGAACAGAGAGUCCGCGGCGAGGUCCAGGGAGCGAAAGCAGGCUUACACUGUUGAGCUGGAAUCGUUGGUGACUCAGUUGGAGGAGGAGAACUCCAGGCUUUUGAGAGAAGAGGCUGAGCAGUCUAAGGAAAGGUUUAAACAGCUCAUGGAGAACUUGAUUCCUGUUGUGGAGAAGCGAAGACCACCACGAGCUCUUCGAAGAGUGAAUUCCAUGUGACGGGUAGAUGUUCCUUAAUUUAUGGGUUGACAAUAAAGAUGGAAGAAACUGGUUUUCUCUCGCCUGUCUCUGAAGCGGAGCUGGAAGGCUUCUUAUACAAAAAGAAAGAUAGAAAGAAAAAGAAAGGUAUGGGUCCGAUGUUCGUUUUUGGUGGGCAACUGUUAGUUUAGGAUGAUGUGGUGUUGAUUUGUAAAGAGAAAGCUGAGUGCAGCCAAAGACACUUCUUAAGUAAAUUCGUUAGAACUGGAGAUGGAUGUGGUUGGUUUCAUCCACAUCUUGUGGAAGGUUCCUUGAUUUGCAUAGUUAGGUGUUGUAGAAAAAAAAAAAAUAUCUCACUUUACAGUUCAGUUUCCCCGCGGAUGCUUCUGGGAGUAGGGGAGACUGUUGAACCUCGACUAAUAUAUAUAAAAUAUUACAUUAAAUUA